UUUCCAUUGGCGUUGAUUUUCAAAGUACUAACCAGGUACGGUAAGAAUUUUCACACAGAAGAAGCACAAAUUUUUCAAAGCUCAUCACAUCAACAAGGACCUAAACGAAGACUUGAGAUGCACCUCUCAAUGCUUCUUAUACUCUCACUCCACUCCUCAACUUUCCCGGAAUCCCAUUCCAUUUUCUCACCAACCAAACAUGAAUAAACCCCAACCUCAUCAUCUCAUCUUAGCUUUCGCAAUUUCCUUCUCUCUAACAACCGCCGUUGUUUCAGCUCGACUGCUUCCCAACGUCUCCUCCUGGUUACCCGCCGCCGUGACCCCCGGCGGCGCGUGGGACGCCUUCCGCAAUUUCACCGGCUGCCACCACGGAGAUAAGUACGACGGCCUCUCCAAUCUUAAAAGUUAUUUCCAUCGCUUCGGCUACAUCCUCCACGCGCCGCCGUUUAACUUCUCCGACGACUUCGACGAUGCGCUCGAAUCAGCCAUCAAAGCCUACCAGAAGAACUUCAACCUCAACGUCACCGGCGAGCUCGAUGAUGAGACUCUCCAGCAGAUCGUCUUGCCGCGAUGCGGCGUUGCUGACAUCAUCAACGGCACCACCACCAUGAACGCCGGCAAGGUGAACGAAACUACUUCGUUUGGGAACAGCAAGCCGCGGUUUCACACGGUCUCGCACUUCACUCUGUUCCCUGGCCAGCCGCGGUGGCCGGAGGGAACGCAGGAGCUGACGUAUGCGUUCUUUCCCGGUAACGACUUGAGCGACGCCGUGAAGGGCGUGUUCGCCGCCGCGUUCGAGCGGUGGUCGGAGGUAACGACGUUGAAGUUCCGGGAAACGGUGUCGUAUUUUGUAGCCGACAUUAGGAUCGGGUUCUUCAGCGGUGACCACGGCGACAGCGAGCCGUUCGACGGGAUUUUGGGAACACUGGCGCACGCGUUCUCGCCGACGAACGGGAGGUUCCACCUGGACGCCGCCGAGGAUUGGGUGGUUUCCGGCGACGCGACGAAGUCGGCGCUGUCGACGGCGGUUGAUUUGGAAUCGGUGGCGGUGCACGAGAUUGGGCAUUUGCUGGGGCUUGGACACUCGUCGGUGAAGGAGGCGAUCAUGUUUCCGACGAUAUCGUCGCGGACGAAGAAGGUGUUGCUGGCGGAGGAUGAUAUACAGGGGAUUCAAUACCUCUACGGCACUAACCCCAAUUACAAUGGCUCCGCCACCAUGUCGUCGCCGGAGACUAACUCCAGCCACGGUGGUCGCCGCCUCUACUCGUGGGGCCUUUUUAUUUUGUUGGCCUUUGCAUUUUCACAUUUGGCAUUGUAGAGUUUGUUUUUAUUUUAAAUUUCUUAAAUAUGAUAGAAUUUUUAAGGAGGAGGGAUAAGGGAUAAAAACAAAAAUGACAUAUUUUGAGAAAUAAAUCAGCCAACAUAUUUCACAACAAAAUUUGUCAAAAUGCCACUAUUAGAACUUAAUGUUUUUUUUUUUUUUAGUUUCUCGUGUACGGUAAGAGAGGCUGUUCUCCCAGAUUCUUUUCUCCAUUCUCAGGGCUCAAACUUAAGAUCUCUAGUUGAGGAGCACAAACUUCUUACAAUAUGUGCCAAGUGUGUUUGGUAUU